AACAGAAACUUAAUUUGGUUUUCAGGAUCUUUUCUUCUUCUUCUUGGAGUCUUUUUUGUUGUUGUUGUUGUUGUAAAGAUAGUAGCUACUAGUUUUGUUUAGACUAUAAAACUUGAUUUUUCAUUGGACAUAUAUUUCUAGUCAGUUCAAAAACUGUUCAUUUAUUGUCUUAAAGGUUUCUUGAUUGUGCUCAUUUAUAGUGGUUAUGUUUUUUCCUCAGUUUUCAUGUGUUCGGUGUACUAGUAGUUGCUCACAGCAUUCAUUUCUCAUAUCUGCUUAUUGCAAUAGGAACGGGAAAAGAUAAUAAUUCAAGAAAGACUUCCUGGUGUUGCUAAGAGGAAUUUAGUAUUAUGCAGACACCAAAAUCAAGAAAUGUCACGGUGGAGGUGCCAAAAAGGACAUCUCCUGCAUCAUCAAAGACAGCUCGAAAGCUCAAAACCUCUGGGUCAGAUGCUGCUUCCAGGACACCUAAAGAGAGUAGUCCUAAAGUUGUUGUUCGUCGUUCUCCACGAAGUCCAGCAUUAGAGAAGAAGCAUCCAACCAAAGACUCUGACUUGGAAACUCAGCUUGCUCAACUACAAGAGGAGUUCAAGAAGGUAAAAGAUCAGCUCAACUCAUCCGAAUCAUUAAAGAGACGGGCUCAACUAGAGGCGGAGGAAGCAAAGAAGCAGCUCACAGCUAUGUCAGAUCAGCUUGAGGAGUCUGAGAAACAACUACUUGAACUCUCGGAUUCUGAAGAAGCUCGACUCCUGGAGCUACGCAAGCUCUCACAAGAUCGGGAUCGAGCAUGGGAAUCUGAACUUGAGGCUGUCCAAAAGCAACGUGAAUUUGACUCUGUUGCUCUUGCUUCUGCUAUGAAUGAAAUUCAGAAGCUUAAAACUCAACUGGACCGAGUGGCUGAUUCUGAAGCCAACCAAGCUCGACAUGCUGAAUCAGCUUAUGCUGAGAUCCAAAGCUUAAGGGGAGAACUUAUGGAAACACUUACAUUGGUCGAAAAUUUGAGAAACCAGCUCAAUGAUAGCAAAGAAUCUGAGGCUGGCGCGCUUGAAGAAGUGAAUAAAGCUAAGAAGCAGCUGGAAGUGGCAAAGAUGACAGAGGAUACUCUACGUUCUGAAGGUCUGAAAGCAAUGGAAGCUUGUAGAUCCUUGUCGCUAGAGUUAGAACACUCAAACAGCCGAGUAGCUACAUUGGAGGAACUUGUCAGUGAACUCCAAAGUGCUCAAAGUAUUGAAUCUGCACAAGAUUCCACAGUUAAUGUAGAAGCCGAGGAACUCAAAACUGAGCUGAGCAAUCUACAAGAUGAGGUAAGUCAACUAAGAUCUGCAUUAGAGGUUUCGGAAAGAAGAUAUCAGGAAGAAUAUAUCCAGAGCACUUUGCAGAUUAGAAGUGCUUAUGAACUAGUGGAACAGUCAAAAUCUGAAUCAAUACAGAGAGAGGCUGAAUGGGAGGCAAAGUUUAAGGCUACUAAAGCUGACUUGGAAGAGUUACAGGAGAAAUUGAUGAGCAAAGAAGCUAUGCUACGGGACAUUUCAGACGGAAAUAAGGAGCUGACUAUGCAAGUGGAGAAAGUACAGUACUCAGCUAAUACAGAAUCUGAAUUAUCAACUUUGGGAGUUUUGAGGGCAAAUUUACUCGAUAAAGAGACAGAGCUGCAGAGUAUAAAGGAGGAAAAUGAGAUACUGAAGGCAGAAAUCAAGAAGAAGGAAACUGAGGGUAGCAAAGCGAAUGAUUCCACGCUCGCCUUGGCAGAAGCUGCAAGAACUGCAGAAAGAGAGGCCCUGAUGAAGUUAGGACACUUGACUGAGGAAGCGGAUAAUAGUAUCAGAAAGGCAGCACGUAUGACCGAGCAGUUGGAUGCAGCACAGAAUGCCAACUCCGAGAUGGAAGCAGAGUUGAGGAGGUUAAAAGUGCAAGCUGAUCAGUGGAGGAAAGCUGCUGAGGCAGCUGCAGCUAUGCUUUCAACUGGAAACAACGGGAAAUACACGGAGAGAGCAGGUUCUUUAGAUUACCACACUAAGCUGGAUUCGCCAAUAUCUGAAGAAACGGAUGAUGACUCGCCCAAGAAGAAGAAUGGCAACAUGUUGAAAAAGAUUGGUGUUUUAUUGAAGAAAGGCCAAAAGUAGAAGCAUAUAUUGCAGGUUGCUUUUGAAUAAUCACUGUUUGAUUUGCCUGAUAAUAACAGUCUAGUUUACAUUUCCAGUUUUUUGUUAAUAAAUAUGAUUAAUCUCAUAGAAGAUUUUUGUAUAGCUAUUUGAAAUUAAGAACACUGUAUGAUCUCACUUACCAAUAUUUGGUAGGCUCCUAAGGAGAUAUUAAGUGUUGUAAUUUCUUUUAGUUAUAAUUUUCAAUUCUGCAGAUGUAAUGAAGCAAAAAGAAAAAAAACCAUGAUUAAGGGUGUGGCCGGUAUAUUUUUAA